UCCCCCACCCCAACCAGCUUCCCGAAUGCGUCGCUCGGUUCUUCUUUUAGAACGCUCAUCCACCAUUUCAUAAGAGCUCCGGUUUGAUCAAUUGGAAACUAUGCUCAUGUCGUCUUUCUGGAACCUUUUGGAGCUUUGGCGUUUUCUGCCAUUGCGCAACAUGGGAGGGCACGUUCGCCAAUAGCAGCCGGCUUAGCUUAGCUUUAGCUCACUCGUGCCGGACAGAGAUGACAAGCGCCUUCACUGCCCCUUUGUCGCCCGUUCAAAACAAUUCGUCGCCGCCGAUGUCCAUUUGACGUUUUUCGGCUUUCUCUUGCUGUUGUUGUUGAUGGAGACGUGUUGAGUCCUGCUCGCUGCCAAGCCAGCUUUUUCUUCCUUCCUCCCAAUUUUGUCACCCCACCCCCCACCCCACACACACACACAUACAAUUUUUGGGGGGGAAUAUGAGUGGCAUGCGCGUGGAUGCCAAGGUGGUGAUGUUGGGCAAGGAGAGCGUAGGCAAGACCAGCCUGGUGGAGAGAUACGUCCAUCACCGCUUCCUGGUCGGACCCUAUCAGAACACUAUCGGCGCCGCUUUUGUGGCCAAACCAAUCCAGGUGGGAGAGAAAGUGAUCACCUUGGGAAUAUGGGACACGGCCGGGUCCGAACGCUACGAAGCCAUGAGCAGAAUCUACUACAGAGGAGCCCGGGCGGCCGUCGUCUGCUACGAUCUGACCGACAGCAGCAGCUUCGAGCGAGCUCGUUUUUGGGUGAAAGAACUGCAAAACUGCGAAGAGCACUGCAAGAUCUACCUGUGCGGCACCAAAAGCGACCUGAUCCAAGGAGACCGAAGUCUUCGUCAGAUCGACUAUCACGACACUCAGGACUUUGCUGAAGAGAUCGGAGCGCAGCAUUUUGAGACCUCCAGUAAAACGGGAAGCAACGUGGACGAGCUGUUCCACAAGGUGGCCGAGGACUACAACAACGCCACUUUCCAGUAUAUGACGGAAGAAAGCGGAGUGAACCUGGGCCAGAAGAAAGAAUCCUACUUCUACUCGUGCUGCAACGGCAACUGAUGCCGCACCGGCGAAUGGAGGAACGCGCCGCAGCUGAACACGGGACGCCGGCGGAAGAGAAGCGAGAAAAAGAAAACGACAGCAAAUGGACAUUUCUUUUUUUUUUUCUUUUGCGCCAUGAACAAAUCAUUCGGAGGCGUUUGUGCCAAGCGAAGGCUUCAAUUUAGGAACAAACAUUUCAUCCGGAAGGGGAUCGCCACGCCUGUGCUGGGUGAAGACAACUGAGCUGCUGUCACUUUUUUUUUUUUCUUUUGGGUUGGGGCGGGGUCGAUGUUUUUGGCUCGUUUCCACCAAAAAUAGCCAAAAGGAUCAAAAAUUAGAGCACACUCAAUAAACGACGUCAAUUUGUUUUGUUGGCGCGGCGUCACCCCGUGCUGGUCGCCCACCCCACAAACUGUGCCAGUAGCGAGUACGGAUUUUGUUACCAUGGUGACUCAGACCCCUGUUCCCCCCCCCGCCCCAAAAGUGUCAAAUGUGAUACACAAGCCACCCCCCCAAAGAAAAAAGUGGAUUAUAUUUCCUGUGCAUUCAUGCAGGGCUGCUUACCUUUUCACUUUGGUUUAAAGUCCCCCCCACCCCCACCCCCCUUGUCGUGUCCGGACUGCCCAUGAAUGGCGCCUGCACAAAAGACCACCGGCAAGUGAAUCUGUCGCACAAUAUCUUGUACCGCCGGAGGACAUGAUUGGCCCCUUAAUUUGCACGGUCAGAGCCC